UGUAGGAUACACAUCGUUUCAGCGGAUAUUCCACAAAGCAUCUCGAAAAAAGAAACGAUGUCAAGCGGCCAAGGUGUUUUCAGAAGAGCGCCUGUUUUAAGUCUCAUUGAAAUGUUUUGGCGAGCACACGGCCUGUUGUAAACAAAAUUGAUUUAAAUGAUUCUUUCCAUCCCUCUAGGCAGGACCAACCUACGGUCGUAAAUUGAUGACCGGUUAUUUGACAUCAAAGGGAAUUCGAGCAGCAGAAAGUAGGGUUGGACGAGCCCUCCGGACAAUAAAUCGACCAUAUCAUGAAAUGCGAUGCAGUGGUGUACGGAAUCUUAAUCCCAUACCUUACUGUGCCACUUACACAGGCCACAAACUCCAUUUAGAUCAAAACGAAAAAUUGGUCAUGUUUGGAGCUACACAUGUCCUAGCAAUUGAUGGCUACAGCAGCAAGAUAAUGGCAUAUUCCUGUAUGCCAGUAAAGAAUAACCUCAUUAUCUAUGAUGAAGUGUACAGGCCUGCAGUAAUCAACAAUGGAAUGUGGGACCAGAUAAGGGUGGACCAUGGAAAAGAGUUUUUCUUGACUCUAUUUAUGCAAGAAAUUCUUGCUGACCACAGAAUGAAUACAGCAACACCACCAUAUCGUCAGACCACAUCAACAAAGAAUCACACAAUUGAGAGAAUUUGGCCUGAAAUAAACAACAGGGUUAAUUACCCUUUGAAGGAGGCUCUUGUUCAGCUGGUCGACCAAGAACUGAUUGAUAUGGACUGCAACCUAACAAGAUACUGUGUGUCUAACCUUGUCUGUCAGCUGUGUCAUCUGGGCAUUAGCAGGGUAGUAGAGGCAUGGAACAACCACAGGAUUCCUGGAAAAGGAAUCCCCAACCAGAUUGCACAGGGUGGUUGUGCAAAAAAAAUCUCAGCAGCACUACUGCCUCAUGGAACUGAAGCAGCUGAUCUGUACAUGAACACACUGGGAUCAUCUUUGACAAGGGUUUCGGCCUUUGGAACAGACCCUUUUACAAGUGAACAUGAGAAGGCUACAGUGGAACAACUGUUUUCAGAAAAGUGGCCAGACAUCACUUACUUGCUCAAUAAUACGGUCAACAAAAACUUUUUGCCUUUUAAAGAGGCUUUGGUCUGUUUAGUAAAUUUAACUCAAAGAUACUCUUAAAGAGCAUGCCUUCUAAUUGUUCAAUGCUGCUUUCCAUCAAGUGUUUUUUCUAGAAACAAAAUAUUACACACAAAUUUAAGCAUCAACAUGAUGCUGAUAAAUUAAAGUAUUUCUUUUUACUUCUUUGUUUUAAGUAGUUGUGCAACAA